ACCAUAUUGAGUGCCACACAAUUAAGAUUUAUUCAUAUUUUCAUUCAUAGGCUUGAAAUGAGUAGCAAAGUGUUUAUCUGUACACCUAUAAAUAUGGACUAGUGUUUGGAAGGCCUUAGAUCGAGUAACGUGAGCUUAAUUGUGAUCGAGUGUAUCUCUCAAACUUAAGUAAUCAUUUGAGUCAAAGUAUAAAGAUGGUAGGCGGCUUCAUGGCAGCUUGGUCGUGUGUUCAACACCAAGGUUGGAGGAAAGGUCCUUGGACACCUGAAGAAGAUAAACUUCUCAUUGAAUAUGUCAACUUGCACGGCGAAGGAAGAUGGAGUUCCGUUUCCCGUUCUGCAGGAUUGAAUAGGAGUGGCAAGAGUUGCAGGCUAAGGUGGGUGAACUACCUAAGGCCAGGACUGAAGAGAGGUCAAAUUACCCCUCAAGAAGAAGCCAUCAUUAUUGAGUUACAUUCCAUUUGGGGUAACAAAUGGUCGACAAUUGCAAGAUAUCUACCAGGAAGAACAGACAACGAGAUCAAGAAUUAUUGGCGAACCCAUUUCAAGAAGAAGGAAAGAUCUCGUAAAGCAUCCGAAAGACAAAAAUCCAACCAAAACCUUAAACCAAAGCCAGUAUUGCGACCACAGCCACAACCGCAACAACUAGUCCAAAGUCAACAACUUAUUCCAGGAACCAAAAAUGAACCAAUAAUCAUGAACCCAAACACCACCACCACAAUAGAUGAACCGAGCCUGAUGAUGAUCCCGGCGACGUCAUCUUGGAUGGACAACACGUGUAACGAUCAAGACGGUCCGUGGUGGGGGAAUUUCGGUGAACAAGCUGAUAAUACUAAUAAUCAAUAUUAUUGUAGCAAGAUGGCACUAUCAUCGCUACAAAACCAAUCUAAUAGUUCUAACAAUCCUACUAAUAAUAAUGGAUUAUCUUGGGAAGGGGAUCUAAACAAUCUUUUUUACGGAGGCUACAUUUUUUAGAGAGCAUUAUCAUAUACGAAGUAAUAUUUUUCUUCAUCAUUAGUAAUUUAGUAUAUUAUUGGUUUUGUACUAUAUUUUUUUUCCUUUUUCCACCAAUCGUUGCAAUGCACGUAUAUGAAUAUAUGAUGAUUAUUGGUUAAUGUUUGAUAAUAAAGCAAAACAAAGGGUUUGCGCUGUAUAUAUGAUGUUGGUUAUUCAGGCUUCACUUUGGCUUUGCACUGCUAUACAUGUAAUAAUUAUAUCUAAUUAUCGAAAGUUG